UUUAGCCUUUCAAGGAUGAAAAAAAAUCAAUAUAGAUUCACACACUCAACUCCAUCUCUCUAUAGUCGUCCUAUUCACAGGGAGUGGUGCUGCAACAGGGAAAGACGUUUUAUACUCUGAGCAAAAACACUGACAUUCUUCUAAAGAACUAUGUCUUCAGAGCUCGAGAAAGCAAUGAUAACCAUCGUAAAGAUCUUCCACAAAUACUCCGGACACAAGUGUAAGCUGAAAAAAGCCGACCUUAAGGAUCUCAUUAACAACGAGAUGACCCAGUUUAUCAUGAAAAUUCAGGACAAGGAUACCCUUGACUUGCUUUUUUCUGAUCUGGAUCAGAACGGAGAUCGAGAGAUCGACUUUCAAGAGUUCAUUCCUCUUAUCGCCAUGGUGACAUCAGCGUGCCAUGAUCUGUUCAUGGCAGAUCAUUAACACACUC